GCAUAAUGAUGGCAUAGCCCCGCGCCCGGACUGGGCUGUACUAUCCUUCCAUCAAUACUUAUAUCCAGUGCUGCGGUCACCUUCCUCCUCUUCAAAUUUCCAUCUUCUAAUACUUACUAGAUCUUUCAAAGCAUUAUCAUGUUUAAUCACCAGCGUGGAGAACGACGCGAAGACCGCGAAGACCGUCGGCAUGAACGCCACGACGAUCGCGAGGAGCGUAGAUUUGAACGCCAUGAAGAGCAUGAAGAGCGUAGGUUUGAACGUCAUGAAGAUCGUGGCCAUCAACGAUGCCAUGAUCAAGAUCAGCCCCAGUACGCGCCCCAGUCUGGAGCGUAUAACAGGGCGGAUUUCGUCCCUGAUGAUGACUUCAAUAAGAUGAUACGCGGCGGGGCGUUCAACGAAAGGCCGCGCCCGGGGGGCGAACAUAUCGGCCCUGAAGACUACGGAGAAUGGGAUCAAUCCAGACCCCCUCCGAACGCUGGCUACCAGCCAUCGUACCAGCAGCAGGCAGGCCAGCCGCACCAGCGCUUCCCUGAACCACCUCUACCGUCCAUCCCUCAUGAACAGCGCGCAUCUAGCUAUGAGAGCAGCUCAUACUCUCAGCCUUCUCACGACAACUACUCUGUCCCAGAAUCUCUGGAGCCGCGCCACGGAAGCAGCACGUAUUUACCCCCUGCCGGUGCUCCUGGCGCGGGGGCACCGUACAGUCGUGCGCCAGCAGGAGAUUACUCGACCCCUCCUGGACCGCCUCCUCAAGGCAGACCUUCGUAUGGAAACAGUGCAUACGCACCCCCUGCUGGUGCUCCACCGUCCAGUCAUGCGCCAGCGGGAGGUUACUCGGCCCCUCCUGGACCUCCUCCUUCGGAAAGGUCUAGAUACGAUGAUGCCCCUCAAGGAGGUUCGGGCCGAGGUGCUGCAAGUGAUUAUUACAAUGGACCGCCGCCAGGAUCAGCACAAUCAUACUCCUACACCUCAGAUAAUGCAGCCGCUGAUGGCGAUUCCAAAAAUCCAGCUCGCUACCAGCAGUAUCACGAGGCCGUAGGUGGCUCACAUGGGAGCUACCAGGGCCAACAACAUAACCAAUCAAGCGAGUUCGACGAAGAGAAGUACAAGUCUCAUUUCUCUGCUCAUGCUCAGGCAUAUGGCUCCGGUUCUGAUGAUAGGCCGAUGGCGAAUGAUGAUAUAGGCGCAGCUGCCGCUAUCGAGGCGCUGAAGAUUACAGCUGCAACUAACCAAUCGGGUUCCAGCCCGCAGCAGGGGGGUAGACCGCAGGGCCUUUCUUCUGAUGCGCAGUAUUCACAGGACGUGGGCGGAAGACCGAGUGGCGGAAAGCCUCAAGGGCGACCACAGAACGCAGCAGGAUCUGGCGGAAAGCCGCAAGGGCGACCGCAGAACGCAGAAGACGAGGAUGAGGGAGCCUCUGCUAAACCUCAGGCUCCUUCAGGAGGUGGCGGCGCACAGGACAAGAUCGUUGCCCUGGCGAUGGCCCAGGCAGGCAAACUUUUCGACAAGAAGGGCGGGGGAGACAAUCAAGGAAAGUCACAAGCUAUGCAAUCAGCUGCGGCGACUGCAAUGCGCCUGAUGGGGGAGUACAAGUCGACGGGUAAGGUGAAUAUGCAGCCAGGGGAGAUGCAGAAGCUCAUGGGGGUUGCGAUGUCGCUGUUCUGAAGUGAAAGGGUAACGUUGGUACAUGGGAAUUUGUGCUUGAUGUUGCAGUUUGUAUGCUUACGUUAAUGGAAGAUAUUUCGUGCCGUCAG